AACAUUCUUCCGCAGAACGGCUUUGCUGUAACAGCAGUCCGUGUGACAGACUUAACAUGGAGCACGUUUUUCUCGUCUGGAGUAUGUAGCCAGAGUAGAUUAAGAUAUUGCCAGAUAGCAGUUUCUUUUGGGGGGACGUCUGGAUACCUCACAAACGAGGAUGUUGCAACAGAAUCUUUGCAUAUGAUAUCUAUAUCAUGAUACCACCGCCGCCACCACCACCCCCACCACCACCUAAUGCCCCACCUCCCCCUCCCCCUCCACCCCCUGCCCUCUUCUCUGGUGGAGGCCCGUUUACCAGAGGCCCAAUGCGGGCCUCUAGAAUGCGUAAUUUCAAUUGGGACGCCAUACCUAAGGACACUGUGCUUGGCAAACACAACAUAUGGACAGCUGAGAAGAGCAGUGAGUUUGAGUUGGACACCAAACGUAUGGAGGAGUUAUUCAGCCGCAAUGAUCAGAAACAGGUCCAGGCCACAAACCGCCGCAGUGUACGCCAGUCCCCGAGCAAUGCCUCAGGACCCGAAAUGGUGACCAUCCUCAACUCCAAGAAGAACAUGAACAUUGGUAUCUUCCUCAAACAGUUCAAAAGGUCAGUGAGUGGAAUGAUUGAUGACAUUAUCAACGGCAGAGGAGAAAGAUUUGGUGCUGGGAAACUGAAAGAGAUGUGUAAACUGCUGCCAGAGGAUGGAGAGGUGCGUCAGCUUCGUGAUUUUAAAGGAGACUGUUCAACUCUCUCUGAGGCAGAUCGGUUCAUGGUACAACUUGUCAAAGUUCCUUGCUAUGAGGAACGGUUGAUCAGUUUAGUACUCAAAGAGGAAUUCCCCCAUUUUAUGGAUGAAGUGAAUCACUCUAUUGCAGUCAUGACCUCUGCUGGACAAGAGCUGCUGGAAUGUGCCGAUCUACAUUCAGUCAUCCGUCUGGUCUUGAAGACAGGGAACUACAUGAACUCUGGAGGGUACGCUGGCAGCGCGGUGGGAUUCCGGAUACCGUCGCUUCUCAAGCUAGCAGAUACCAAAGCCAACAAGCCUGGAAUGAACCUUAUGCACUAUGUAGCCAUGCAAGCCCAGAAGAUUGAUGCAUCGCUGCUGAAGUUCCCAGAAAAACUACAACACAUUGGAGAUGCAGCAAGGAUCCAUAAGCAGGAAAUCGAGACUGAUUUCCAAAAGGAAGUGAAUAGAGUCCAAGUGGCAAUGCAAAAUAGUAGUAAACAGCCAGAUCUGGAAGAACAGAUGAGGGAUUUUCUGCAGAAUGCAGACACCAGGUUAAAGGAGACCGAGGCGGCCUUCAAAAACCUUUCUGCCGUGAGUGAUUCGGUAGCGGAGUAUUUCUGUGAGGAUCCAGCUCAGUUCAAACUAGAGGAGUGUUGCUCCAUUUUCUACUCUUUCUGUGAGAAGUUCAAACGAGCGGUUCAGGAGAAUCUUGAACGAGAAACGGUGGAGGUGAAGCGCAGACAGCGAGAGCGUACUCAGAUCGCAGCCAAGCGACGUUCUACCGCCACCUGCUCCUCACGAGACAAAGACAUUGAAGGAGUUGCUCUGGAGUCCAUCCUACAGAGGUACAAUAGUCGUCAGUCCCGCCGUAGAGCCGGGAACAGUUCCCCCUCACGGGGCGAUCUUACUGAGACCACCACGCCGGAGAAACGCCCCGCUGACAACAGAGAGGUCAAGAGAGACAGCUGGGUCAAAAGUGCCAUGCAAUCCACUUUGAUCAUGGAGAGCGUUGAUAAAGAUGAGACGCCCAAGCACCCAGAGAUUACAGUCUCAAGCCCUGUGCAGAAAAGUGAAGAUUCCUCAAUUAGUCAACAUGUGUCUGUAUUCACGGUGCAGGAGGAGGAAGAUGUGCAGACAGAGAUAGAGGUGCAAAAUAUGAGAGAGGUGUCACGGAAAGUUUUGCAAUACCAGUCCAGUCGAAGUAGCAUUUCGUCCGGUGAGGCCCUGUCACCGAUCCUUUCUCCCAGGCAGACGUUCUUCCAAGAAGACAGAAGACUGCUGAUCAUGACCAUAGAAGAAAACACCUCUAAAUCCAGCUCUCUGCUGCAGAACGGCCAGAUCAUCAAUCGCCGGCACACAAUCGCACUUCCCGAGGCCAGUAGUGGAAAUACCAGCCAAGAGGAUCUGUUUGUGCCUAGUAAUCUAAACGCAUCUCCGGCUCCCUCUAUAGGUGUUAUUGGAAAAGGGAAAUCUGUGGAUUGUGAUAUGAUUGCUACAUUGCAAAACUCUACAGAGAUGGUUAAAGAUUCAGACACCGCGCCACUUAACUCCCAAGAGGAAUCCCAUUCUGUUGACUCAACACAGUCACAAUCAGUCGAGCCGGAGACGAAGACUGAAGAGACAGUGCCUAGCUUGCAGUUUAGUACUGGGAAGAGAAAUAGCCAAACAAUAUCAUUUAAAAGCACUAAAGAGGGCUUCAGCCUAAUGUCUUUAUUUAAGCGUUGGCGUGAAAAAGAUACAAAAUCAAAAGAGCUUGAUUCUGACAGCGUAGACCCAUGAUCUUAACAUUUCUAUUUAUUCAGACAUUCAUGCUUGGUGUCUUGCUGCGUUUAUGAAAAACGAAGCUGGCGCUCUUUCACUGUUGCUUGCUGAAACAGUGAAUAGGAAUUUGUUUCAAUGUCUACUAUAAAAGGACACAGCAUCUAAAAACAGUAUACUGUUGAGAUCAGUAGAAAAUUAGACAUUUUACCUGCAGUGUGCUUUCUUAAACACAAGGGGGCAGUACACGACAUGAUUUUCCAUGAUGAUACUGCAUCUCUAUCUGCAAAAAUGAACCAUUCACAAUGCCAAGACUAAGAGAAAAUAUCCUUAUUUUAUAUUCUAUACUAAGCAAUCAAAAUAGCUGGUAAACCUGAUGGCUAUUCGCCACAUAGAAACAACAAAAUUGUAACAAUUUUUUUUUAAUUGAAAAUAUGUACACUGUAUUGUCUGAUGAAGAAUUUAAUGUUUUAUUUUUAUCCAUUGUUAUUAUUAUUCAUUUUCUAUUGACCUGAUCUGGCUCGUACCAUAUCAUGUUUCUGAAAAUUGCCUCUGACUGGUCACUGUAGGUCUGAAAUGAUGACGGAUCAAAACACUCGCCUGCACGAUGAACUUGGGAAUACAGAGUUUCAUGUAAUCUGUGGUUUUCAGUGCUCUAGAAAUGAAAGAAGGCCUUUUAUUUGAGUCAGUACUGGUAAGACCUCUGCAUUUGAUUUUCAAUACAAGAUUUCAAGAACAUUUAGAAGACCAUGUUCCAGUUAGGAGUCAAUCGUACAUUAAGAUGUUUACGUGCAUUUUUACAUGGUGUUAUUUUUCCUGUUUUAGGCCAGCUAUAUUUGUGUGUGUGUUUGUGUGUGCGUGUGUGCGUGUGCGUUAUGUAGAUGUGACCUAUAACAAGAUAUCCUGUGCUACUUGAUGGUUGUAAAUGUUUUAGCCUGCUGAGCUUCUGACUAAUGAAAAGCUAAAGGGGGCUUAUCCUCAAAAAAGACAUUGGGGCUUAGUUAGGGAGAAUAGAUAAUGUCGUAGGGUCCCCACAGGUCCGCAUUAGGUGGUCUAAGUGCCUUCUAGACAGCCUGAGAACCUGUGGGGGUGGAGUUUUGGGGGAAGGGGUGUUUGGCUGAUUGUGUGAAUCAUCAUCAGUUUCAAAGAACUGAGAUUAAAGGCUCAAGCACUAAUUGAAUGUCACAACAUGCUCUGGUCAUAGGACAGCGGACAGUGAAAAUGGCUCUGUGUGAUAUGUAUGAUUUCAUGCUGUUACAGUACAUGCAAAUGCUGGAUGAUGUUUAUUUCAGAUGCUUGAAUUGUUUAGAGAUGUGUUUAAUUUCUUUACAUAUAUAUGAAUAAAACAUUUGUAAAUUGA